UUGUCCCACCUAUAUUUCAGGAUUUUUUUUUUUUCUUUUUGCACUCCGCUAACAAAAGCAUUUCCAAAAAUCAUCAAAAAUGGAAAAAGGAAAUAGGCAAUAAAAGCGAAAUUUGGCAAGUGUAUUUAAUCUUGUGGGGAUGUCAAGUUGGAAAACAAAACCCUAAAAAGGGUCUUUGGAAGAACCAAUUCGCCGCCAGAUUGAUCAGAGCCGUCAGCUUCUUACGCCCCCACAAUGUCCGUUUGAUCCCAUUUCUCACUCUUCUUGAGCUCCAACUGGGUUUUAUUUCUCUGCUGCUUUCUCGGUUCUAUCAUGGCAUUCAGUGUUGAAAACGGAAAAGAAACCGUCUUUGUUUUCGUGUGUUCGUAACCCUUUUUGUUUAUAUGCUUCACCCGGUCUUUGAGGGUCGCUCGAGCUCCCGAUGAUGAAAGAUUGGAUUUUUAUGUGUUCAUUGGCGGGAUUGAAGAUUGUGACUAGAUGGGUGUAAAGGGUUUUACUUGUGGAUUGCGAAGUUUGUUUUUUGUAGCUUUCUAGGGUUAGUAUGCUGUCUGAAUUGGGAAGGAGGCCGAUGCUUGGCGGCAACGAAGGAUCGUUUGGGGAUGAACUGGAGAAAGAAAUCAGUUUGUUGCUCCGCGAGCAGCGGCGACAAGACGCUGAUGAUCUGGAAAAGGAGCUAAAUUUGUUUCGAAGUGGGUCAGCUCCUCCCACUGUCGAAGGUUCACUGAGUGCAGUUGGCAGUUUGUUUGGUAAUCACGGCGGUGUUGGCGGCGGCGACGGUGGUGCGUCUUCGGGGCCUGCUAACAAUAGGACCGGCAAUGGGUUUAGGUCCGACGAAGAGCUUAGGUCUGAUCCUGCUUAUUUAUCUUACUACUAUUCGAAUGUGAAUUUAAACCCUAGGUUGCCACACCCUUCGGUGUCGAAAGAGGAUUGGCGGUUUGCACAGAGAUUGCAAGGUGGAGGGAGUUCGGCGUUGGGCGGGAUUGGGGAUAGAAGGAAAGUGAAUAGGAAUGAUAGUGGUCGCGGGGGACGAUCAAUGUUAUCGAUGCCACCGGGUUUUAGUUCGAGGAAAGGAGAGAGUGAGACUGAUCCUGAGAAAAUCCAUGGCGGUUCAGCAGAGUGGGGUGGUGAUGGAUUGAUUGGCUUGCCUGGUUUAGGACUUGGGGGGAAACAGAAAAGCCUGGCGGAAAUAUUUCAGGAUGAUUUGGGGCGUGCAACUUCUGCCACUGGGAAUCCAUCCCGGCCUGCUAGCCGUAAUGCUUAUGAAAAUGAUACCUUAAGUUCUGCUGAAGCUGAGCUGAGCCAUUUACAUGGCGAAUUUGCAUCCAAGGAUAUCAUGACAUCUAAUUCAAGUGUUCAAGGCUCAUCUGCUGUCCAAAAUGUUGGUCUAUCUGCAUCAUAUUCAUAUGCUACUGCUUUGGGUGCUUCCCUUUCUAGGAGUACCACCCCCGAUCCCCCACUCAUUGCUAGGGCUCCUAGUCCUUGCCUGCCCCCUAUUGGUGGGGAGCGAUCAAACACUUCUGAGAAUAGAAAUGUUAAUAGUCCAAACUCAUUUAACAUCUCAACUACCCCAACUGAGUCUGUAGAUUUGGUCUCUGCUUUGUCUGCCAUGAACCUUUCAAAUAGUGUGGUGGGUGAACAUAAUAAUUUGCCACCACAGAUUGAGAAGGAUUUUAAUGAUCACGAUAAUUUUAUGUUUGGUUUGCAAAGUGGUCAGAAUAAAGCAAUGCAGAAUCUGCACAUGGAAUCUGAAUUGGGGCAUUUUCAUAUGCCUUUUGAAGAUAUGCCCAUUCAAGUAUCAUACUCAGAUGCAAGUAGGAGCAAUGGAUCUGCAUCAGAUGUGCAUAACUUGUCCUUGGUAUCAGAUAAGCGUGUUGACCUGCAUAGAACUACUGCUUCUUCGAAUAAAUUUUACCAAAAGGGAUCUCCUAGUACUGUUAACAGCAAAGGAAAUUUAUCUUCUUACUAUCAGCAUAUGGAUAAUCUUAAUUCAUCACUUUUGAACUAUGGUUUGGGUGGGCACUCCAUAAAUACAGCUUCGCCAUCCAUGAUGGCUAGCAAUCUAGGCACAUCUAAUCUGCCACCUUUAUAUGAAAAUGUUGCUGCAGCUAUGGCCGUCCCUGGAAUAGAGUCGAGAAUGUUGGGGGGAGCUCUGCCUUCUGGAUCAAGUCUGAACCUUGGUGGAUCAGAAUCACAGCAUCUGAAGAGAUAUGGGAACCAGAUGGCUGGGAAUUCUGUUCAGGCACCUCUUGUUGAUCCACUGUAUCUUCAAUAUUUAAGAACAGGGUAUGCUGCAGCUCUCAAUGAUGCCUCGAUGGAUGGGAAUUACUUGGGGAAUUCACACAUGGAUUUGCUUCAGAAAGCUUACCUGGGGGGUUUACUAUCACCAAAAUCGCAAUAUGGUGUUUCCAUGCAAAUGAAGUCUGGUGACCCUAAUCACCAUGGUUACUAUGGAACUCCUGGAUAUGGUGUUGGUUUGUCAUAUCCUGGCAGUCCCUUGGCUAGUCCUGGCAUUCCAAAUUCUGCUGCUGGACCUGGUAGUCCAAUGAGGCAUAGUGAACUUAAUGUGCGAUUCCCUUCUGCAAUGAGAAACUUAGCUGGGGGUGUGAUGGGUCCCUGGCACUUGCGAACUGGUUACAGUGCUGAAGAUAGUUUUGCGUCUUCUCUCCUGGAAGAGUUUAAGAGCAAUAAAACCAAGAGUUUUGAACUUUCAGAAAUAACAGGUCAUGUUGUUGAGUUCAGUGCGGAUCAGUAUGGAAGUCGAUUCAUUCAACAAAAGCUUGAAACUGCAACUGUAGAGGAGAAAAAUAUGGUUUUUAUGGAAAUUAUUCCACAAGCUCUUACUUUGAUGACUGAUGUAUUUGGCAAUUAUGUUGUUCAAAAGUUUUUUGAGCAUGGAAUGGUCUCCCAGAAAAGAGAACUGGCUAGCAAGCUUUUUGGCAAUGUCUUGACACUUAGCCUUCAAAUGUAUGGCUGUCGAGUGAUCCAGAAGGCAAUAGAAGUUGUUGAUCUGGAUCAAAAGAUAAAGAUGGUGGAAGAGCUCGAUGGUCAUGUCAUGCGCUGUGUUCGUGAUCAGAACGGGAACCAUGUCAUUCAGAAGUGUAUUGAAUGUGUUCCUGAAGAACAGAUUCAGUUCAUUGUUUCAACAUUUUUUGAUCAAGUUGUAACCCUUUCCACUCAUCCAUAUGGGUGUCGGGUGGUACAGAGGAUUUUGGAGCACUGCCUGGAUCCGAAGACACAGGAUAAAGUGAUGGAUGAAAUCUUAGGGUCUGUUAGCAUGUUGGCGCAAGAUCAGUAUGGAAAUUAUGUCGUUCAGCAUGUACUUGAGCAUGGAAAGCCACAUGAGCGUUCAUCAAUAAUAAAGGAAUUAGCUGGGAAGAUAGUUCAAAUGAGCCAGCAGAAGUUUGCUUCCAAUGUUGUGGAAAAAUGUCUAACUUUUGGUGAUCCCUCUGAACGUCAGCUUUUGGUAAAUGAGAUGCUUGGUUCUACUGAUGAGAAUGAGCCUCUUCAGGCAAUGAUGAAGGAUCAAUUUGCAAAUUAUGUCGUACAAAAAGUACUGGAAACCUGUGAAGAUCAGCAACGCGAGCUGAUCCUAUCACGGAUUAAGGUUCACCUCAAUGCACUGAAAAAGUAUACUUAUGGAAAGCAUAUUGUUGCUCGUGUAGAGAAGCUAGUUGCAGCUGGAGAAAGGAGAGCUGCUGCUCAGUCUCUGCAACCUGCUUAGCUUCCAUUGUGAAACAGGAAGUUGUUGUACAGCUAACUGAGGCUAGUUUGAGCUUCCCUUUGCUCUCGUUUUUCAUUCCCCGUUUUUAGCGCUGCAGCUCUACCUGUAUUUAGGACAGUUAGGAGCUGGUUGAAAAUAAAGUUGCUGCCUAUACUAAAAACUGUAAAUUGUGUAGCCUAAGGUUUCGUCUUUUUGGCUGAGUGUGUAGUUUAAGGUUUAUUACACAUAGGGUUACAUAAGCUGAGCUUAGAUGUCUGGUGCUCCUGAUGCCCUUGCAGAGGAGAGGAGAGGAGACAAGAGUAACUUACCUACUAAGUUUGAAGGGUGUAAAGAGGAAGAGGAACGCUAUGUUUCAAUGCGACUGUAAAAAUGUUGCCAUGUGGAUGUGGAGAGAGCUGAUGUUUAGGCGAGGCUGAAAAUUUUUGCGUAUAUGGUUUAUUGACAAUUUCUUUAUGCAGCUGCCUUCAUAUUUA